GAGGCUUUCCGCGCAUAGCUUGUGAGUGACGGUGACUUCGCUGAGCGAGUCGGGACGAGUUGCCAUGUGCGGCGUGGGAUGGAUGGGACGGAAUAAAUUACGGAGGAAGAACACGUCCCCUUUCAUUAAUUGUGCGACGACCCAGCACCUACCAUCAUCCCGCUGAGACCCUUUGGAUCGUGUGUCUCGUAUCUUGUGGACCCUCCGCUACACGCACCGACCGAGUCUCCGCAGCUCAUCCCCACCUCGGCUCUCUGUCCUCCUCACCGCAACGAGGGUGGACUUGGGUGCAGGAGGCGCGUUAUAUCAAGCGAGUUAUCGCGCACGUAUGAUGUUGGAUAAAUUCGGCCAGCAAACGGUGGGGAUACCUGUGGUCGGCGACCCGGACAUACAGCUUAAACUAGCGGAUAAAAUGAGCAACCUGGGGACAACAGGGAUUGUGAUGGAGAGCGACUCUGGAAAGAAACUCAUCCAAAUAACCGGACCGGCCCUGUCCAAACGCAAGCUUUUGGUCGGGUUGGACCUCCUUUGCCUGUUCCUUGCUUCCAUCCCAUUUUUUGCAUGUGAGCUGAAGACCGUGCGUCCUUACAGACGUGGCUUCAUCUGUGGUGACCCGAGCAUCACCUACCCCUACCUGCACCGAGAGGCCAUACCAGAUGAACUACUCAUUGCUGGAGGCAUCGUUAUCACAGGCCUUACCAUUGCGCUCGGGGAGUGUUACCGGGUGCGUUUCCGAGGCGUUACCUCCAAGGCCUUUGUCAGAAACCUCUAUGUCACCUGUCUGUACAAGGAGCUGGGCUGCUUCUUGUUUGGCUGCUGUAUUGGCCAGUCAUUGACCAACAUGGCCAAGCUGAGCGUGGGACGGCUGCGGCCGCACUUUCUGUCUGUCUGUGGCGUCACCUAUGCCUCGCUCAAUUGCACCCCUGGAACUUAUGUUACAACAGUGAACUGCCCUCAGCCUAAACACCAAUUAGAAGAGGAGGCCAGGAAGUCCUUCUUCUCCGGGCACGCCUCUUUUGCAAUGUACACCAUGCUCUAUCUUGCAUUUUACCUGCAGGCAAGACUGACUUGGCGUGGGGCUCGAUUGUUGAGGCCAUUACUACAGUUCUUCCUUGUGUUGCUGGCGGUGUACACAGGUUUAACACGCAUUUCAGACUACAGACAUCACCCCUCCGAUGUGCUGACUGGAUACAUACAGGGAGCUCUCACUGCCUACUGGGUGGCUUUCCACAUCUCUUCCAUGUUUAAAAACUCCAGUCCUGCUCUCUCUUCCAGCCAGGUGCUGGACAGUCCCUUGUCCCUCCACCAUACUGUUUGCUAAACCACGUGUCGACAAACUUGUGCACUUACAUGCGCUGCCAUGCAUGUAUGUGGGACACUUGCACUGUUCUGUAGGUUUGUUUUAGAUAGAAAGAGAUUUGAAAAAUGUCCGUCCAUUUCCUUUCAAGUUCGAUCAGACACCUCAGUUUUACGCAGAGAAAGUGCGUGUUUGUGUGCGUGUGAAGGGUGUGUGUGUGCAUGAGUGUGUAAGGCAUAGAAGGUGAGGAUGAGGGAGAGAGGUGAUAUUAUAAAGAAAAUGUGAAAAAAUGUGAUGAGCGUAACUCUGUUAAACUGUUCAUGUGGCUCAGCGUGAAGCAGAUCCAGCCGGGCAGUGAGGACGAGGACAGCCAGGCACAGGAGGGCCGCUGGAAAGGCCGGUGCACUCUGUCUUAUCACUUUGUCAGCAACGCCCAAUUCACACGCACUACUGCCAGUGAGAUGAGCAUAGACCCUAAAUGUCGAGUGACCACUAGUAUCCCGUUUGUCGGUUGUAAAUACAGAAAUAUUUUCUACAUUUUGUGUGAUACAUUAAUAGCACUUUUUGAUUCAUGCCUCAGUAUUUUAUAUUGCACCACUGUAAUGA